AUGGCGGCCGACCGUUCCUCGUCCUCGAAUCCGCCGGCAGCGUCGUCGUCUUCGGCGCGAGCAUCUCGCCAGAGCUCUCCAGCCGAGGCCCAGUCCAUUCGCGCAAGCUCGACGGCAAGGCUGGGUUCAUCUAUUCCUUCUCAGCCUAACGGCUCGCCAGCUAUACGCCAAAUACCUACACCCUCGCAGACUGCAAACUCGCCGUCAAUACAAACACCUUUACCUGGACGCGUAGACCCGCACUCGUCACUUCCUGGGCCAUCCGAGUCGAACCUCUCGUCGGCACUGAGGGAGUCGUUGGGCAAUUCUCCUCCACGAUUCGGCACCCCUCCGAUACGUCCCCUCUCUCCCGCCCAGGAAGCCGCCCCUCGCGGCCCUCCCAGUCACUAUGGCUCGUUCGACGGCCGUGGCCGCUCCCCUGUUCCCUACGAAGACCCCGAGAUUGUCCGUCGCCAUCUUGUCGGACACUAUGCCUCGCCUAGCCGCUCCAACCGCGGCCAGAUAGGCGACGAUGAUGCACAGUCGACAGGCAUGCGACCUGAGGAUGACGAAGAGCAGUUCUCCAGUCUGCAGCUUCAGGGCGGUGAUAUUACGCGACAGAUCUACAGGUGGAGCGAGCAGCAGCAGGCCGAGGAGCAGGGCAAGAUGCAGCGCAGCAAGAGCUUCCACGGGUCUCGCCGCAAGCCUGAGGACGAGGCUCUCGAUAUUGACUCGAUCCGACAGCCAGGUGGUUUCCGACGUAACUACAUUCGCAGAGCUGCGGGUAGCCCUUCGCCCGCACCCGGGCCGGCUGGAUACGGUACUGUCCAGCAGUCUCGGCAGCAGCCCCCGGUCUUUACCAGCAACUUUCUCGAGUUCCUCACUCUGUACGGCCACUUUGCUGGUGAGUCUUUGGAAGAGGACGACGAGGUGCUAGGACCUGAUGAGUACUUUUCGUCGGAUGCUCUCGACUCUGGUGCGCAAAGCGAGGAUGAAGACCGAGAAUAUGGCGAGUCGAGUGCCCUUCUUACACCGGGGAAGCGCAGGAGACGCAAGCCCAAGAAGACAGGCACAGGUUCUCCUACUGGUGCGGCUAUGCUGCUCCUCAAGUCGUUUGUCGGAACGGGUGUGCUCUUCCUGCCGCGAGCCUUCCUCAACGGUGGCAUGGUCUUCUCCAACCUCGUACUUCUCGCAGUAGCUGGCCUCUCAUACACGUGCUUCGUUCUUCUCGUCUCUACCCGUCUCGUCGUCGAACACUCAUUCGGAGACAUGGGCUUCCAUCUAUACGGCAACUGGAUGCGUAACAUGAUCAACUCCUCCCUAGUCGUCUCUCAAAUCGGCUUCUCCUCCGCUUACAUUGUCUUCGUAUCCGAGAACCUGCAAGCCUUUGUCCUCGCCGUGUCAAACUGCAAAACCUUCAUCGACAUCAAAUACAUGAUCAUGAUGCAAAUGGCCAUUUUCCUGCCCUUGUCGCUCUACCGCAACAUCAACCACAUCCAGAAACUAGCGCUGGUUGCCGAUCUCUUCAUCCUCAUGGGUCUCGUGUACCUCUACUACUAUGACAUCUUUACUAUUGUGGAUCAAGGCGGCAUCUCCGAUAUUGCAAACUUCAACGCCAAGGACUGGACUUUAUUCAUCGGCACCGCAAUUUUCACCUUUGAAGGCAUCGGUCUCAUCAUCCCCAUCCAAACCGGCAUGAAGGAUCCCAAGAAGUUCCCAAAGGUACUCGGCGGCGUCAUGAUCAUCAUCACCGUGAUUUUCCUCAGCGCCGGCGCCCUUUCCUACGCCGCGUUCGGCUCCAAGACGAAGACUGUCGUCCUGCUGAAUAUGCCCCAAGACAACAAAUUCGUCAAUGGCGUGCAGUUUAUCUACUCGUUGGCUAUCUUACUUUCGACCCCUCUGCAAAUCUACCCUGCGAUCGAGAUUACGAGUCAACAAUUGUUCAGUCGUACCGGCAAAUACAAUCCCUAUGUCAAGUGGAAGAAGAACUUUUUCCGCUUCUUCAUGGUGCUUGUUUGCGCGACGCUGGCGUGGGCUGGCGCGGGUGAUCUGGAUAAGUUUGUUAGUCUUGUGGGCAGUUUCGCGUGUAUUCCGCUCGUGUUUAUAUAUCCUCCUAUGCUCCAUUACCGCGCCGUCGCUCGCACAACAGCUGCCCGCGCUUUGGACGUCCUGCUCUGCAUCGUUGGCGCAAUCAGCAUGGUGUACACUACGACCCUUACCGUUGAGAGCUGGAUCCAGGGUGGAGCUCCCAAGGCACCUGGGUACUGUGAUAGCAAGUAG